GCGCCUCCGGAAAAAAAAAAAAGCUCGCGAUGACUCGCUGAAGAUCCCAUGGCUGAUGCCUCCCGCCGAAGCGGGAGACAUACAGCUGCAGCAGGCACACUUCCGGUCGCCGGUGGACUUGUUGCUCAGCUUGGUCAUCAGGCCUCCCCGCUGCCGGUAUCAGCCCGGCAAGCUGGGGCCCAUCACCUUUCGGAUCGGCGACAAGGGCCACGGGCGCCGGGAGGACCUGGUGGUGCAGAACGCUCGCGGCCAAGCGCUGCAGUGCUCGCUCUUCGAGGCGAUCCCUGAGCCCGGGGUCCCCACGGAGGAGACCUGGCCGCGGGAGCGGCCUUGUGUCAUCUUCCUCCACGGGAACUCCUCGUGCCGGCUGGAGGCUCUGCCCUUGCUGCCGCUGCUGCUGCCGCUGCGGGUCAGUUUGUUCUGCUUCGACUUCAGCGGAUCCGGGCUGUCUGAGGGGGACUACAUCUCCCUGGGCUGGUUCGAGCGGGAGGACCUGGCGGCCUGCGUGGAGCUGCUGCGCCGCUCCGGGCGCGUGAGCCGCGUGGCGCUCUGGGGCCGCUCCAUGGGCGCCUUCACCGCGAUCAUGCAUGCCGACAGGGACCCUUCCAUCGCUGGAUUGGUCCUGGACAGUCCGUUUGCUUCGCUGAAAGACCUGGCCACCGAGCUGGCGGCUCGCAAGGCGCUGAUGCCUUCGUGGGCCACACGCGCCGUGCUUUCCGCCGCGCGCUCGUCCAUUAAAGCAAGGGCCGGCUUCGACGUUGAGGAUUUGGAGGCGUUGAAGCACGUGGGGCAGUCCUUCAUGCCGGCCUUGUUCAUCGCAGCCCGUGAAGAUGACUUCAUCAGCCCCAAACAUGCCGAGAGGCUUUUUCAGGCUUACCAGGGAGAGAAGGAGUACUACCUCACCGAGGGUGACCAUCACUCAUCUCGCUCUGUCAUUUGCAGGCAGAAAGCCACGCUCUUCCUCUGCAGGGCCUUCCACUGCCCAAAGCUCGACGCACUGCUUCAUCUGCACCUGGGCGGGGCGGUGGAUAUCUUCAGCGGAGUGCUGCCUGAGUGGCGGAAGCUCCAUGCAGGCGCGCACGACCUGGACUUCCAGGGCUCCGAGAUCUGCCGCCAGUUGCGCGUGGUGCCGGCCCUGAGCGAGAUGCAGCUGAGCUGCGGCCGGCACUGCCACCGCCCCAUGCAGCUCAGUGCGGGCCUGGAGCUCGCGGAGAAGUCCGAGGUGGGGUUCUUCAUCAAGAUGGUGCCGGUGGCGGGGCCGGGCGGAACGGAGAGAGAUGAGAUGGGAGAGCCCUGCUACUUGGUGCUGUCCUGCACAUCUGAGAUGUGCAUGGUGUCGCGGGUGCACUGCGACUCGCUGCGCACCUCCGUGGUGGGCCCGGGGCUCCGGGAGGCCUUUCGGCACAGCGUGUCCCUGAGCUUUAGCAGCGGCGGGCGGCUGCGCUUUCUGGCGGAGGGAGCUGCGGAGAUCACUGCAGAGCUCCCGGGCUUUCGUGGGGAGCUCACAGUGUGGCAGAUGCGGCUCCGUGGCAGCUGUCGCUGGCAGGACGUCUGCGUGGAGGACAGCGAGGCCACCUUGAGGGAGCACCUCGGGGACGCGGUGCUCAGGCUGCGGCAUUUGGGCCACCAGGACGGAGUGCUGCUGCUGAACCGGGACGACUUCAAGCCGAACCGGGAGCGGCCCACGGGCGACCACGGCCUUCUUGACCCGGCCGCCCGCCCGGCCAAGAGCACAGGAUCUCUUUGCAGCGACCCUGACUUGCAGCGCGUGACUCUCUUGGAGUGCGCCCACAAGCCGGAGGUGCUCAUCGGCUGGCGGGUGAAGAUCGAGUCGGUGGGCGAGGGCAAGGUGCUGGCGGUGCGGAAGCGCCGGCUCCGCGCCAGCCUCUUCUCCGUAGGUCUGCCUGACAACUCUGUGCGGGAGAUUGCCCUGAAGAGAGCGUACGUGAUGCUGCCCUGGAACCACGGCUACAAGUUUGAUUUGCUGAGGAAGGAAAACUGAUUUGCAAAUGUACGCAGUGCCCAAAACAGUCAAGGGAAUCCA